AUGGGUAACAACAAAAUGAUGAAGGGCAAGGGUCGCAAAAAGAUUGAGAUCAAGAAGCUACCAGAUGCCGAAGGGCGACUUGUGACCUUUUCAAAACGCAGGUCCGGCAUCUUUAAAAAGGCCAGCGAACUGUGCACCCUCUGCGGCGUUAAUGUCAGCAUAGUAACUUUUUCCCCAGGAAAGAAACCCUAUGCUUUUGGGCAUCCCGAUGUUGAUACCAUUGUGGACCGGUACUAUCUUAACCAGAACAUCCAAACAAGUGACCAUGCAAAUAUUGGUGCUGUUAUUGCAGAGGCUCUUCGAGGGGAUCGAAUUUGUGCACUUAACCGUGAACUUGAAAAGCUGGUUAUAGAUUUAGAGCUCGAGAAGUGGCGAGGGGUAAAGCUAGAGAGGAUGAAGGAAGAAAUAUUACAGGAGAGGUGUCAAGGGUGGGUAGGUUCGAUCGAUGCCCUAGGAAUGCAUGAGCUUGGAGAGUUGCUCGUUUUAAUGGAGACUCUUUCGAAGAAGGUUGGCAAUUUAGUUGGGGAGAAGCAGAAUGAGCCCUCUACUAGUCUUCAACAUGUAUUAUCUCUGUAG